ACGUUUGUUUCCCAAACACCAUUAAACUUCAGAGGAAGAAGAUCAGUUUCGACGCGAUCUUUGUUUUGUUUUAUUGUUUUGCUGUUUAAUACAUUCUAUUAGAGAUGUUGUUUAUGUAAGCAGAAAAAUCCAGUUUUUGAAACGGUUUACGUAAUAUUCUCGUCCUCACAGUCGUGACUAAGUUUUGAAGCAAGCAGGAAUAUCUGGAGGAGUAUCAUCUGAACUGAGAUCUGCUGCUGUGAAGAUGGUGUUUAUUAAAGAAGAGCGUGAAGAGAACACAAUUGAACCAGAAACCUGGAGAAUAAAACACGAGGAACCAGAAACCUGCAGAAUAAAACACGAGGAACCCGAAACCUGCAGAAUAAAACAGGAGGAACAAGGAGAGUUGAUUGAAGAAAGCGAGGAGAACGAAGAAUUGAGUGAAGAUGAGGAGAAACAUCAUGUCAAUACUGGAGAAAAACCUUUGAGUUGCUCUCAAAUCAAACAGAAAGAUUUAAAGAAAAGAGCCAAGAAAUAUUUCACCUGCACUCAGUGUGGAAAGAGUUUGAUAAGAAAAAAUAGUCUUGAGCGUCAUAUGAGAGUUCAUACUGGACAGAAACCGUUCAUAUGUGAUCAGUGCGGGAAGAGUUUCACACAAUCAGCAACCCUUAAGUAUCACAUGAACAUCCACACUGGCGAGAAACCUUAUAAGUGUUCACACUGUGACAAGAGAUUCAUUCGGUCAGGAGACCUAAAAACACAUGAGAGGAUCCACACUGGAGAGAAACCGUACACAUGUGAUCAGUGCGGGAAGAGAUUCACACGAUCAUUAAGCCUUAAGAAACACAUCAACAUCCACACUGGCGAGAAACCUUAUAAGUGUUCACACUGUGACAAGAGAUUCAGUCAGUCAUCACAUCUGAAAACACAUGAGAGGAUCCACAUUGGAGAGAAACCGUACACAUGUGAUCAGUGCGGGAAGAAUUUUACACGGAAAGGAAUCCUUAUGACACAUAUGAAAUUUCAUACAAGAGAGAAACUGUACACAUGUAAUCAAUGUGGAAAGAGUUUGAGAAGCAAAACAAGUCUUGAGCGUCACAUGAGAGUUCAUACUGGAGAGAAACCAUUCACUUGUGAUCAGUGCGGGAAGAGUUUCUCACAAUCAUCACGCCUUAAGAGACACAUGGACAUCCACACUGGAGAGAAACUGUACUCAUGUGAUCAGUGUGGCAAAACAUUUUUGAGAGCUUCAGACCUGAAGAAACACCUGAGAGUUCAUACAAAGGAGAAGCCACAUUCAUGUCAUGUGUGUGGAAAAAGUUUUUCACGUUUUUCAACUUUGAAAGUACAUCAGAAAAUACAUACUGGUGUGAGAGAGUACAUGUGCUUUGAGUGUGAAAAGACUUUCAUUUCGGCAAACUGUUUAAAACUGCACCAGAGGAUUCACACUGGAGAGAAACCUUACAAGUGUUCACACUGUGACAAGAGAUUCAGUGUGUCAUCAAGUCUGAAAAGACACAGGAGGAUCCACACUGGAGAGAAACCGUAUCACUGCACUGAAUGUGGGAAGUGUUUCAAACAUUCAUCUUCUUUACACAGUCAUACAAAAAACAAUCACAAGUUGAUUGAAGAAAAUGGGGAGAAUGAAGAAUCAAGUGAAGUUGAGGAGAAAAAUCAUGUCAAAACUGAAGAAAAACUUUAGAGUUGCUCUCAAACCAAACAGGAAGAUUUAAAGAAAAGAAGGGCCAAGAAAUCUUUCAACUGCUUUCAGUGUGGAAAGAGAUUGACAAACAAAACAAGUCUUGAGCAUCACAUGAGAGUUUAUACUGGAGAGAAACUGUUCACUUGUGAUCAGUGCGGGAAGAGUUUCAGACAAUCAUCACACCUUAAGAAACACAUGAACAUCCACACUGGAGAGAAACUGCAUGCAUGUGUUUAAUGCUGUAAAAUUUUUUUGUGGGCUUCACUUCUGAAGAAACAUCUUAAAGUUCAUUCAAAGGAGAAGCCACAUUCAUGUAAUUUUUGUGGCAACAGUGUUUUUUUUUUAAGUAAGUCAGAAAAUGCGCACUGCUGUGAGAGAGUGAAUGUGCUUUGACUGUGACAAGACUUUUACUUCAGUGACCUGCUUAAAACUGCAUGAGAGGAUCCACACUGGAGAGAACCCUAUGCACUGCAUGUGGGAAGUGUUUCAGUCAUUCAUCUGAUCUACACAGACAUAAAAAAAACAAUCACAAUAAGGCCCAGUACACACAGAGAUACAUUUAGCUGUAUUCAUCCAGACAGAUCCAGCAUUUGGGAGCCUGAAACCACAAUUUUUUUAUUUUUUUUUAAAACCGGAGUGGAUAAAUCCAAAAACAACACCUUUGCUUUUUCAUGUGUACAGCCAGUCUGUAUAUUUUGUGAAACGAUGUUAUCAUCACUGCACUUCUUUACCCCAGUCAGACGCCACUACGUCAUGAAAUAACAAAAACAAUAGCAAAGGCGGUAUACAUGCUUGUGUUCGUGCUGCAGAAGACUACUAGCUUUACUAACUUCACUAGAUUUGUCUUGUUGUUGUGUUGGGUUUGUGUAUAGCGCGCAAGGUUUAUGCACAUGGUCCAAGUUGUCUUCUCUGUUUUUAGUGUAUCUCUGUGGCAGAAUUACAGCGCCACAUACUGGUCUGGCUUGUAUACUGCAUCAUUAUGAGUCAGUUUAGGUGGUUGUGUGUGUAUGCAGAUAAUUCUUGAGAUGAUGCUGUGUUUACGGAGGAGCAAGGAAAAAGCAAAGAUUGCAUAUGGUAAGCUCUGGCCUGGUGUUGAUGAGCCCUAAGUAGAUCAUCUUCAGAUCCAGCACUUUCGGAUCUGAUGCUGCGUCCUGAACAAAUGUGAAACAAGAAUGCAUCGAGCUAGAAAAUAUAUUCUGGAUAAAUCUGUCCUAACCAUGACAUGACAACGAAACGUAAUCUAAAGUUUUUACUGUGACUAAAGUUCAUCUUCAUCUUCAAAACCAGCAGAUUCAACUGAGAUUCAGAUCAACUCAAAGAUGGAGUUUCUCUCCAAAGAACAAUGUCACAAAGGUUUAUUCUUGAAUAUCAGUUUGUUUCAUGAUUUAAAUUAUAUCAUUGUGCUUUCUUAUGAGUUUCUUUAAUUUGUGUGCAGUUCAUUCUUAUAAUGCAUAUCAUUUGUAAUUUGCUUACAUUUUCAUGAAGGAAAGUAGAAGCUUUUUACAAGCUGUUCUUGUUCAGGAAGCUGAAGAAGAGAGUUACACUUUUAAGAGACAAGAUAUAUUUUUAAUUUAUUCUUGAUUGUUAUUUUUAAAACAAGUUAUUAUUCUGUGAUAUAUUUAGAAAACACAGAUGCAAGAUAUACUGUCAUGUAGAUUUGUAAUUGAUCCUUAUUAGCUUCUCUUGUAAGUAGGAAUGAUACAGAACACAGUAAAGAGCCCUGGGGCUAAAAUAUGAAAGACUGUGAUAUUGAUAAACACUAAUGUUAACUGUUCUGCUUUUGGUACUGGGGAAAUUAAGGAAAUACACUUACAAUUUAUUAUUGGUACAUAAAUAUUAUCAAGCUAACUGUAUCUUGCCAACUGUUUCUACAUGUGAUAAUAUCCAGAUAUCUGUCUGCGAUGCAUUAUCGUUUUUUUGCAAUCCAGAAGCAAGAUCUAAUGUACUUAAGAGCUGUGUGAUUAAUCUAAUUAAAUUUUUGAUUGCGUUUGACUUCCAAGGAUUAUGAAAACAAGUUGUUUGACUUAAUGCGAUAUAUUAGAGACAAUUUAAGUACCAAAUACAUGUUUCAAAUAAAUGUUACACCAUA